AUGGCGGUUGCGACCGCGGGUCUCAACAAGUAUGACGAUCGACCGUUCUUUCGCGCCGCCCUCGUGGCCACGAGCCUUGUGUCGGAGAAGGUGGUGGACGGUAUCGCGAAGCUGAUCUGUAGGACCGACGUGGAAAAGUCAAAAGGCAAGGAUGAGACCAUCCAACUGAAUAGCACGCUCAAGCGUGCGUGGAAGCUUGCCGAUCAGGGGGUGGUCCACCAGACAGCGUUUGACAUGCUGGUCGGCAAGUUCAUGGUGCGAGCUGUGCUCUUCCAUUUCGAUAAGAAACAUUUCUCGCCAGACAAGAAGGUAUACGAAAACAUGGAUGACAUCAAGUCACGCUUUGCGAAUGACCUCAAGAGGGCAGCUGGCGACUCGCCCGUGGACCUCGGCGACUUCGACCUGAAGGUCGGCGACCGCCUCGAGAGCGCCACUGCUGCAAGGCCUGAGAUGGAGAGGAUCGGCGCCCUGACUUUCGACGAGAUGGCUGCGCCCCCGCGCGUCCUGAAGGACCGAGCGGGCAUCGAGAUCGGUUCUCACAUGAAGGAGAACAACAUCAACGAAAACACGUUGUUCGAAGUAAACACCGCCGAAAACGAUGGCACGGUCACGAUGACCGAGGCCAGCACAUUCAAUGUCGAUGAAUGCCUCAAGGUCGCGGUCGGCUACAAAGUCCUGAUGAAUGAUUGGAAGGUCGUCAAGGAGAAGGUAAGCGAAGAGUGCACGGGGAAAGACAACAGCUCUGAAGUUUUAGAGCAAUAUCAGCUUCGGCGCAUGGUCUUCGGGAGCCUCCGCGACGAGCACAUCGAUCUGCGGAAGUCUGGCGCUAGAUGCCAGGGGCCGCCCAUAUUGUGCAUGAAGAACCCGUGCGGCGUUGUGACGUCGGAAGCAGUGGGCAAUGAUAUAUUCAAGUUCGCCCCGACCGCGCCAUUGCAGAACAUCAUCUGCAACAAAAGGAAGGGCGCGGAGGGCAAUUCGGCGACGGCGGCCAGCGGUGAAAAGACCAUGUGGGCCACAAGCGUCAGCAAGCCCGCUGAUGACACAGUGGCAGGUUGCAUGGCGCCGUACUUGUGGGUGGAGUCCACGACGGUCGAGGAGAAGGCGAGCGGUAAGUUCGUAAAGGUCGUCGGUGCUGACGGCGUGAGCUACCCUGCGUUGCAGAACUUCAAGCCACUGAAAGUGCACGAGAGGCUGUAUUUCUUCAAACCCAGGGACGUGACGCAGGCCUGA